CAGCGCCGGCGGAAAAUGCGCUGCAGCUACGCAGCCGAGAGCGGCGUCGAAUUCGUCGUACACGAAAACUUCAUCGCGAGCGACGACUGCCCACCGGCUUAUGCCGAGAACGUCACGCUGGUCACGCACGCGACGUACGGGUUCCUGCGGCACGUCGCGGAGCUGUGCGACCGCUGGCAGGGACCGCUGUCCGUGGCAGUGUUCGCGCCCGGCACCGACUUGGACGAGGCCCUCGCCUGGAUCGACUUCCUGCGCCGCUGUGGUCGCAAUCCGUGCGUGAGGAGAUCCGUGACGUGGCAUCUCGUCUACGAUCGAGAGCACACUCCUGCGUCACUUAAGCCAGAAACCUCGGGUUCGUCGUACUCCACGGACGCCAGCGGGAAUCGCUCGUGCUCCUCUGUACCCGCACAAGAAGACGUCUCCAGUUUUCGACGGAGGAAAAGAAUACCGUACCCAAUCAAUGUUCUGCGCAACGUGGCUCGAAGACUGGCUCCAACAAAUUACGUCCUCGUGCAGAACGUGCGGCUCUACCCAAGCACUGGUAUAGUGCCACGUUUCCUGAGUCUCGUGGCAGAAGAGCGGCGCCUGCACUCCUUCCGCAGCGACGGCCAAGAAGUGUACGUACUACCCGUAUUCGCGAUGACGGCGCGAGCCGGCGACCCGCAGGUGCAACAGAAACCGCCCAGGAGCAUGCGCGAGCUGCGGGAGUCACUCAGGUCCGAAGCGGUGGUUCCGCUCAACGACUCCUCGCACGGAGGUGAGCUGUGGUGGAGUUCCUUCUACUCGGCCUUGAUGAAUGCCUCUUCCGAGCCGUGGACCGGCGUAAAAGAGGAGCGCCUGAGAGUCCAGACGACAGUCAAGCGCGACAAAGGGGUCUUGUUAUGGGAGCCGGUGUUCCUAGGCACCAGGGACGACCCGACCUAUGGCGAAAGCUUCACGUGGGAAGGGGGCCGCGAGAGAGUGUCUCAGGGAUACACAAUGUGUCUCGAGAACUACGACUUCCACAUGCUAGAGGAUGCCUUCCUCGUGCGAGUUCCUGAACCGACCGGGGGUGCGGGCGCCGUGGUUCGGACCGGCAGCGGGGAUCCCUCGCGGCAGAACGUGUUCCACUUGCACCGUUUCAGGGAUUCGCUCGGGUCUCGAUACCCCGUCGAACGGAGCGCAUUCUGCUAAAGCGCUGGACAAUCUAUAGCUAAGUUAAAGGGAUGGAGAUAAGCGCGGUGAUUCCAGCGUUCGAGUGGUGUGGGGAAUGGGAAAGACUGCAUCAGAAGGCUCGUCACAUAUCGGUGCAUACAAGAGAAUAACACAUCUAGAUCUUGGGUUUUAAGUGUAAUAUAUUGACGUCGAUAGAGUUCAGUGGACAGAAAUGCUGUUCGCACAUUGCACAUUAAAGCGAUAGCUUUACUCGGCGGAUCGUGGUAGGUGAAUCGCCGCUUGCCCCGUCAUCACAGAGGCGCUGCUAUAAAUAAUGAACGUAUCCCGACAUAUUUUAUUUUUUAUGAAGAAUACGUGACUGACGAUGCAUGAUUACAGGUUGAGUAUACAUGAAUACAGGUUCACAAUACAUGACUGUCGUGACGCUGCAGACGAAAGGCGACAAAAACAGAAAACAAGGCCUCUAUAUAGCGCCACAGUCUACAUUCACCAUGCAACGGCACUGGAGAGAAAAAUAGAAUAAAAAAAAUAACAGUACAAAAAAGGUUAGCCACGAAAACCCGCUGUCAACAAACUUUCUGUAUCGACUAGGCGGGAGAGCAUGCAAGGCAUGAACUGUCAAUAAAGGUAAUAUUU